AUGGUAAUGAAGAUACAACGACUAAAAAGGUGUAGGGGCAUUUUUUUAAAAUUGACCGCGUGUAGUCUUGGAAUCUGCGCCAUUGUGUUGACCUUCGUGCAGCCUUCUCCCCUUUUCUCGAUAAAGCACAACUGGAAUGCUGAUGAGGACCCCAAAAUAACCAAUACAUCCACUCCCUUGACUGACACAACAACUACACCGCAGACAUCCCUCUUGCCCCAAGGUGUUCUACAAAAGUGGUCAGAGCGUGAUUUUCUGGUUGUCUUUGGCAUCCCGUCGGUGGAUAUCACUGCAAGGCGGAGGCGCCGUUAUCUGCAGCGCUCGACUUGCUGGCGGUUCCCCGGUGUGGCGACGAAGUUCAACAACUUCACCGGUGCGAUGCUGGUGCUGUACGUGUUCGGACGGCACCCGUCGCACAACUUCACGUACUCGGCGGCACUGAAAGCGGAGGCAGCGGAGUGGCACGAUGUGAUUGCGAUACCGAUGAAUGAGGGGCGUACUACGGCCAAUAAGUUGAUCGGAUCACAUAGCAGUUGGGGAAAUGAGGCUGAGGUUGGAAUGAGCCGCAAGACAUUUCUGUGGUUUGAGCUGGCGCUGCGUCUGUUCCCCAAUGCGAGCUACAUUGCGAAGGGUGACGACGACAUGUUCCUGCGCGUGCCGCAGUACCUCGCUGACCUGCGGAGGUUGCCGCGGCGAAAGCUGUAUUGGGGUGCGUUUUUUUCUGCGAAGAGUAGAGGAGCCAGUGUCUCUGUGUGGUUCCGUUUUGCUUUGGGGCCGUGCUACACUCUAUCGAGAGAUGUGGUGGAGUCGCUCAUUUCGUACAAGCCACUGCAGCGUCUUGCCCACUUGCCGUACAGCUCAGUUCGGGUACCAGAGUAUGUUCUGCAUGGUAUGGGUAAUGAGGAUGUCAUGGUUGGUUUUAUACUGGCAAUAACACGGGACAGAAAACUUAUUUUGGCAAUGGAGAGCCGAUGCUCAUUUCAUGAUGUUCACGAAGGUCUCCGUACCAGCUCCGUUGGAUCGCGUUCUGUCAUGGUGCAUCGCCUGUGGGAAAGUGAAUACGAGGAGUUGAUGCUGCGUUUCGGCAGUGACAUGGGAGCCUCACCGAGGCGGUGGAAGCGGAUCAGCAGACAUCGCAUAGGAGUGCCCUGCACAUAA